UGACGUAGAUCCCACUUUUAUUAUUGUACGCACAGCUUGAUCACGAAACACACACACCUGUGUUCCUUUCGUGUUUUCAUCCCAACAUUGCUCUGACUUUUAUUUGUCUGUUGAAAUGGCUGGAAGACAGUUCUCUAGAUUGAUUCCUUUAUGUAGAAACAUCCCAAAACAUAGGAUUUCAUUCCUUGCUACCAGAUGUCUUCAUCAACGAUCCAUGUUAAGUGGAGCAAAGUCUCAAUUGCUUCUGAUUACAUCAAAUAAACAGAUUAAACCAUAUUCUUCAGCUGCUGCUUUGGAAUGCAUCAACAUUCAAGAUGAAAGUGACUUUGAGAAGCGAGUUCUGGACAGCCCAAAACCUGUCAUUGUUGAUUUCCAUGCUUCGUUGGCCAAAGUUGAUAUUGAUGAGAACACAGAACUUGCCUUGAAAUAUAGUGUCAGUUCAGUGCCAACCGUUAUUGGUGUCCGCAAUGGGAAGACAGUGGACCAGUUUAUUGGCCUACAGCCUGAUGACUUAAUUGAAAGCUUUAUUGAGAAGCUCAAACACUGACCUCAUUUUAAGCCAUUAAAACUGUCAGGGGUGGUGGUGAUGAUGAUAAUGGUGGUGGUGUAUAUAUCAGCUGUUUAUUAGUCAGCAGCAAAAUGGCCUAAGCAGGAAUGAAGAUGAUAUGUGUAUAUAUGUCUUUGUGGAUUUGUUUACGUCUAUGUGUGUGUGUAUUGUUUUUGUGUCUAUUUGUUUAUCAACAUUACACGAUGUAUGUUCUCCCUGCUGGCACAGGCUGGAUGGUUUAACAAGAUCCCGCAAGCCCCUAGGCCAUGUGCAACUGUUAUGUCAUCUCAUUGUGGCCCCUGUUGCUCACCGGAUCCUGUCAAACCAUCCAUGCCAUCCCUGUAAGGAAAACAAUGUGUCUAUUUAAGUGUCUAAUGUGUCUGUGUGUGUAUAUAUGUGUCUUAUUUUUGUGUAUAUAAAUAUGUGUGCAUUAUAUUUGUAUGCAUGUUUUUGUUUUUUUUUCUUUUGUGUUGAUUAAAUUUUAGUUUUAAUGUUA